GAUCGGCCGAGCAAAUUUACUUUCUUAUUUUAUUACUUGUGUCAACAUUUUAGAUAGAUAUUAUCAGAUUAUUUACUUCCAUCCUUUGUGUACCAUGUUUUUAUAUUGAGCGUCAAUAUGGUCCUAUUGCCGCCGUGUACUCCGGACAUUUGUGGAAAAGACUUUCGUUCAUCUUUAAAGAAACCGAGUCCAAACUAUCCGUAUAAGACAAGAAAAUGCAGGAUCGUCCCGGCCUUUACGAUACAGGCGAUGCAGAAGAACACGAAAGUUCUUCCUCCCCCGAAGUGCGGUGUGUUCGACCCUUUGCCGCCGAAGCCGACAAUGUUCAGGAGCUGCUAUCAAAGAGGGGAGUUCCCUGUCUGUAUUGAGUUCACUACAAGCGGAAAACGGCUCGCUUGGAAGGUACCAGUAGAAAAACUGGAUUUCCACCACUAUCUUCCGAUGUUCUUUGAUGGUUUAGCUGAAGGGACAUACCCUUUUAACUUCAUAGUAGAACAUGGCAUACAUGAUCUCGUUACAAAAGGAUCUUUCAAAGUCUUACCCGUGGUUCCUCAAAUCAUUAUACCGAUAAAAAACGCGCUCGCAACAAAGCGACCCACGGUUCUCUGCCAUGCUCUCAAGUGCAUACAAAUGCUCGUAACGGGGUGCGACAGGGUCGGCGAGGCGCUCGUCCCCUACUACAGGCAGAUAUUACCCACUCUCAACCUCUUCAAGGACAGGAAUCGUAACAUGGGAUCCGGAAUAGACCAUACGGCCUCGCGUGGUGAAAAUGUUGCAGAUUUAAUUGAAGACACACUGCAAAUCCUGGAGCGCUACGGCGGACCGGACGCAUUUAUCAACAUCAAAUAUAUGAUACCAACGUAUGAAUCUUGUGUAUUGAAUUAGACAUUUCGCUUUAUUAUUUACCUCUGUAAAUUAUGAUACAUUUAUAUCAUAACUUAAUUCUUCAAAAAAUAUUAUUUAUUAUUCAUUAAUAUGUUAGUAAAGCUAUUGUGAUAAUCUCUUCAAGUAUUUCUCGAUUGGGAAAUUAAUUGUAUAAUUGCUGAGACAGAUAUUCAAAUCCUGUUCAAUAUAUAUGUUAUGUCUUUAUAUACAUAUUAAUAAUUUUUUUUGACAUCAUCUUAAUCAGCUAUUAUUAGUUCUUUGUAUACUUACUGUGUAUUUUUAUAAAUUGGUUGUAAUUUGUAUAAAUAUAAUUCUAAUGCAAUUCAAUCAUUAUCGAAAUUCGAAUCUACCAAAUUAUAUAUUUUUAGAUAAUUUUCCAAUUUUCUCAAUAAUAUUUAUAUAUGUCUAUAUAUACAUGAACUGUAGUUACAUUUCAAAAUGAGCUUUCUUUGCAAUGUUUCGAUGUACAGUGCCGUAAAGAUAGAUCGCUGAAACACCGCAACUGAAUUAAAAUUCCGCGCACUUAGAAUUUGUAAACGGGCGUAAGAAUUAAUGAAAGCUAGGAAAUAAUUGAUCUCAUUCAUUUUAAUACUCAUUUGUUUGUUGAUUUUUUUUACGUAUUAUGUUUGAGG